AUGUUCAGCCGCCUGCAGGGCCAGCCCGAAAGCUACGAGAGGAAAUCGAAAUACAGAUUCGGCCGGACACUGGGUGCGGGUACCUAUGGCAUCGUGCGCGAGGCAGACAGUCCGGAUGGGAAGGUCGCCAUCAAGAUCAUCCUGAAGAAGAACGUCAAGGGAAACGACAAGAUGGUCUGGGACGAGCUGGACAUGCUUCAGCGCCUCAAGCACCCUCACAUUGUCAAAUUCGUCGACUGGUUCGAGUCGAGAGACAAGUAUUACAUCGUGACCGAACUUGCUACCGGCGGCGAGCUGUUCGACCGCAUUUGCGAGCAGGGAAAGUUUACAGAGAAGGACGCCUCGCAGACAAUCAAGCAGGUCCUUGGCGCCGUCGACUACCUUCAUAACAGGAACGUUGUACACAGAGAUCUCAAGCCCGAAAACCUCCUAUACCGUACCAAAGACCCCGCCUCCGGCCUUGUAUUAGCCGACUUCGGCAUCGCCAAGAUGCUCGACACCAAGGAUGAGGUAUUGACAACCAUGGCCGGCUCGUUUGGCUACGCGGCUCCCGAAGUCAUGUUGAAGAAGGGCCACGGCAAACCAGUGGAUAUGUGGUCCAUGGGCGUCAUCACUUACACCCUGUUGUGUGGUUAUUCCCCUUUCCGCUCGGAAAACCUACAGGACUUGAUCGAUGAAUGCAGCAGUGCAAAGGUCGUCUUCCACGAGCGCUACUGGAGGGAUGUCAGUGACGACGCAAAGAACUUUAUAAUGUGCCUCUUACAACCCGAUGCCGACGACAGAUGGACCAGUCAGCAAGCUCUCAAGCACCCCUGGCUAAGCGGCGAUACUGCUACCGACCACAACUUGUUACCAGAGAUCAAGGCUUAUAUGGCCAAGGCCCGGCUUCGUCGUGGUAUCGAACUCGUUAAGCUCUCGAACCGUAUCGAGUCGCUCAAGCUUACGGAAGAUGACCCUGAGAACCCUGAUUUCCCUGACGAUUCGAUGAAAGCGGCCGGUGAAGCCCAGGGCGCUAACAAGCCCGAAUCGCCUCAGGGAUCAGGCUCGGGUCCGGGUCGAUUGAGUCGUGCCUUGAAAGGCGCCAUCUUCCGCGAGGUUGUACUAGCCAAGGUUCGGGAGAUGAAAGAGCAGCAGGAGACGUUGAAAGUCAAGGAAGAGGUCGAGAAGGAGGCGAAGAGAAAGAGCUUCAGUGGUUGA